AUGGAUCUCCUACUACACCGCGAUAGCUUUGCUGUUGAAGCUGAAACGCCUACUUCUAUAGAUAUAGACGACCAUGGCAUGACUACAAAUAACGGAGUAGGAAUCCAGCAUGAUAUUAUAGAGGCCGAAAAGACUGACGGUACUUGUAUUGCUGACGAAUCAAGUGUGCUAAAAAACCUUACAGCAGAUGUGCGAGAUCAAGAUGAUCUUGAGAGAGAUAUCUCCAAUCAGGCAUCUCGGCUCAUUAUGGAGCAAGAAAACGAUCGCGACCAAAAGCGAAUUGACAAGGCUCAAAUUAAACUUGAGAAACUUUUAACUCAAGAAAAUUCACUAAAGCGUCGCCUUGAUGCGACAGCUAAUAACCUUAUCGCGCGAAACCGGUGCCUCCAAGAGCUCGAGAAGAUCAAGAUUGAAGUUAAUCUACAUAAAAAAGAUAUUGAAGAAAUCCAAUCCAGAAUUGAGCAAAGGCAUUGUGAUGAUUCACAGCCUGAGAAUAUAAGCACUGACUCAUGCAAUAUAAUGCCAAAUGAAACCCGAAAAGACUUUCUUAUUCGGACCGGAAAAAUAACUCCCUUUUCACAAAUCCAGGACCAAGAGCUAGAUGAUGCAGAUGGAUCCUAUACUAAAGCUACAACAAAUGAGCAUAUAGAGGCUAAUCAUCAAACUUCCUGCGAUCCUAAAGAACCAAGAUCUCAUCAGCACUUGCGACUACCAGGGUUUAUUGAAGCAGACGUCGAAGAUGAGUAUUCCCUGAGACCAAGAAAGAAGAGGAAGCUGGACGAGACUAAAAACAUGUCAAAUUCAAUGGCCAAAUCAAGCUCAAAUAAUGAUGAUUUAAUUAAAGACUCCUUUAAUGUCCACAGCUCAAGCGAUAGUCAAUAUAAUCAACGGAAUAAUUCUCAGAUGUCAAAGAAGCGGACAGCCCAGGAGUCAAAUUUGUAUGAUAACACAGACCUUACGGGAAUUGAUGAUGGAAAUGAAUCCAUGUAUCAAAAAAGAUUAGAGAUUUGGGUCGAGAAGAGGAGUAAAGCAAGAUUGCAAAAUAAGGAAUCUGGUGAAAAUAAUACACGAGAAAAGAACAAAAACAAUUUAAGCGAGGAGGAAUGGUUCAAACCGUGUCCAGAUGUACCUGAUUAUAAUUUUGGGAAUGGCCUAUCUCUCCCUGGUGAUAUACAUCCGGCUCUAUUUGAAUAUCAGAAGACCGGUGUACAAUGGCUAGGAGAACUUUACAACCAACAGGUCGGAGGUAUCAUUGGUGACGAGAUGGGGCUUGGGAAAACUAUACAGACAAUAUCCUUUUUGGCUGGCUUACACUACAGUAAAAAGUUAUCGAAGCCAAUAAUUGUUGUCGCUCCAGCUACAGUCCUGCGACAAUGGGUUAACGAAUUUCAUAAAUGGUGGCCACCCAUGCGUGUUUCUAUCCUUCAUAGCUCAGGAAGUGGUAUGGUAAAUAUACGAAAUGAGAAUAUAAGUGAUGAUGAGGAAGAAUUUAAUCGGACCAGGAAAAAAUCACCCAAGAAAGUUCAAAAAAUAGUCCAUCGUGUCAUUCAGCAUGGUCACGUUCUCGUCACAACAUAUGCUGGUCUUCAGACUUAUGCAGAUGUUUUAAUACCAGUGAACUGGGGGUAUGCUGUCCUAGACGAAGGGCACAAAAUUCGAAAUCCAAAUACAGCUAUUACAAUUUAUUGCAAGGAACUAAAAACUCCGCAUCGAAUAAUACUCUCCGGAACUCCCAUGCAAAAUAAUCUGAUUGAACUUUGGUCCCUAUUUGACUUUGUAUUCCCCAUGCGUCUUGGCACACUUAUCGAUUUUCGACAAACCUUUGAAACACCAAUCAAGCAGGGUGGCUACGCUAAUUCGACCAAUUUACAAGUCUUGGCUGCUACUAAAUGUGCAGAAACUUUAAAGGCUACAAUAAGUCCUUAUCUUUUGCAACGCUUAAAAGUUGAUGUUGCUUCCGACCUACCCAAGAAAACCGAGCAGCCUCAGAAGAAAUGGCUUCCAUCAUGA